UUUUUUUUCUCCCCCCCUUUUUUUUUUCCUCCUCUCCGUCUCGGUCUCCGUCUCCCUCUCUCUGCCUCCGUCUCUCUCUCCCUUUCUCUCACCCCCAGUGCAACUUUUGCAGGCGCCCCGGCACACGCAGCCAUGCCGCGCUGAGAGCGGGGGCACCGCGCCAGCCCCCCUCCUUCCCUCCUUCCCUCCCUCCUUCUUUCCUCCCUCCCUUCCUCCCUCUCUCCUUCCCUCCCUCCCUCCCCAGCGCCGCCGUCCCGAGCCGGGGGGGCCCCGCCGCCCGCCGCCCCUGCCCGGCCCCGCGCCUCGCCCCGGCCCCGGCCCCGGCCCCGGCCCCGGCCCGGCGCCGCCGCCCCCCGCCCGCUCGCCCGCCCGCCCCGGCCGCGUCGGAGGGCCGGCAGCGGGGCUGGAUGUGCCCGGCUCCCCCCGCACUGAGGUGGGCAGCGAUGCAGAAGGCAGGCGGCAGCUUCGCCUCCGCCGAGAGACACCCGCUCAAGAUGGCAGAUGUGUGUUGAGUUUGGGGGGCUGCGAUCUCGCGUCGUUCGUGGCGGCGUUGCCAUGAAUAACAGGCGUCCUUGCACCGAUGGCCCCCAUGUACGAAGGUAUGGCCUCGCAUGUGCAAGUUUUCUCUCCUCACACCCUUCAGUCAAGUGCCUUCUGUAGCGUGAAGAAACUGAAAGUGGAGCCGAGUUCAAACUGGGAUAUGACUGGGUACGGCACACACAGCAAAGUCUACAGCCAGAGCAAGAACGUGCAGUCCUCCCAAGCAGCCGCCGCAGCAGCCGUCAGCGCCUCCCUCCAGAUCCCCAAUCCAAGCAUCCCUUACGAACAAACCAUCAUCUUCCCAGCAAGCACGGGGCACAUCGUGGUGACAUCUGCCAACAGUACUUCUGGUGUGGUUGCAGUGUCUGGGCAAACACUGGGCGGGCCACACAACCUGAUGCGUCGCAGCACUGUGAGCCUUCUGGACACCUACCAAAAAUGUGGACUUAAGCGCAAGAGUGAGGAGAUCGAGAACACAAGCAGCGUGCAGAUCAUCGAAGAGCAUCCACCAAUGAUUCAGAACAAUGCCAGUGGGGCCACUGUAGCCACCGCCACCACCUCCACGGCCACCUCCAAAAACAGUGGCUCCAACAGCGAAGGGGAUUACCAGCUGGUACAACAUGAGGUGCUCUGUUCCAUGACCAACACAUACGAAGUGUUAGAGUUUCUUGGCCGUGGAACAUUCGGACAAGUAGUCAAAUGCUGGAAACGUGGCACUAACGAGAUUGUGGCCAUCAAGAUCCUGAAGAACCAUCCUUCCUAUGCCCGCCAAGGCCAGAUUGAAGUGAGCAUCCUGGCUCGGCUAAGCACAGAAAGUGCGGAUGACUACAACUUUGUCCGUGCAUACGAGUGCUUCCAGCACAAGAAUCACACAUGCUUGGUCUUUGAAAUGUUGGAGCAGAACCUUUAUGAUUUCCUAAAACAAAACAAAUUCAGUCCUUUGCCCCUUAAGUACAUUCGACCAAUUCUCCAGCAGGUAGCAACUGCCCUUAUGAAGCUGAAAAGCUUGGGACUGAUUCAUGCUGAUCUCAAACCAGAGAACAUCAUGUUGGUAGACCCAGCCCGACAGCCAUAUAGGGUCAAGGUCAUAGACUUUGGUUCAGCUAGCCAUGUGUCUAAAGCUGUGUGUUCUACCUACCUUCAAUCCCGAUAUUACAGAGCCCCUGAAAUCAUCCUCGGUUUGCCGUUUUGUGAAGCAAUCGAUAUGUGGUCAUUGGGAUGUGUCAUUGCAGAGCUGUUCUUGGGCUGGCCGUUGUACCCGGGAGCUUCGGAGUACGAUCAGAUUCGCUAUAUUUCGCAGACGCAGGGCUUACCGGCAGAGUAUUUAUUAAGUGCAGGGACAAAGACUACGAGGUUUUUCAACAGGGAUACAGACUCACCAUAUCCUUUGUGGAGACUGAAGACACCAGAUGAUCAUGAGGCAGAGACAGGGAUUAAGUCGAAGGAAGCAAGAAAGUAUAUUUUCAACUGUUUGGAUGAUAUGGCACAGGUGAACAUGACAACAGAUUUGGAAGGAAGUGAUAUGUUGGUGGAAAAGGCGGACCGGCGGGAGUUUAUAGAUCUGUUAAAGAAGAUGUUGACGAUAGAUGCAGAUAAGAGAAUAACACCCAUUGAAACUCUGAACCACCCCUUUGUCACCAUGACGCACUUGCUCGAUUUCCCACACAGCACACAUGUCAAGUCCUGCUUCCAGAACAUGGAGAUUUGCAAGCGGCGGGUGAAUAUGUAUGACACAGUGAACCAGAGCAAGACACCAUUCAUCACCCAUGUAGCCCCAAGUACAUCGACCAACUUGACCAUGACUUUUAACAACCAGCUGAACACAGUCCACAACCAGACCACCAACCUGGCUCCCACCUCCUCCAGUGCCACUAUUUCCUUAGCCAACCCCGAGGUCUCCAUACUAAAUUACCAAUCUGCACUCUACCAGCCCUCAGCGGCAUCCAUGGCUGCGGUGGCCCAGCGGAGCAUGCCCCUGCAGACAGGAACAGCGCAGAUCUGUGCCCGGCCCGACCCCUUACAGCAAGCUCUCAUUGUCUGCCCACCAGGCUUCCAAGGGUUACAAGCCUCCCCUUCGAAGCAUGCUGGGUAUUCAGUUCGGAUGGAGAACGCCGUUCCCAUUGUCACUCAGGCUCCUGGGGCCCAGCCUCUUCAGAUCCAGCCAGGACUCCUCGCACAGCAAGCGUGGCCCAGUGGCACUCAGCAGAUCCUGCUCCCUCCGGCCUGGCAGCAGCUGACUGGGGUGGCCACCCACACUUCUGUCCAGCACGCCACCGUCAUCCCAGAGUCCAUGGCGGGCACCCAACCACUGGCAGACUGGAGGAACAGCCACGCUCAUGGCAGCCACUACAACCCCAUCAUGCAGCAGCCCGCGUUGUUAGCCAGCCACGUCACUCUCCCCGCGGCGCAGCCCGUCAACGUGGGUGUCGCACACGUCAUGCGCCAGCCGCCUGCUGCCGCCACCUCCGCCAGGAAGAGCAAGCAGCACCAGUCGGCACCCCGAAAUGCAUCCACCUAUGAAGUUUCAUCCUCUCAGUCCAUCAGCUCACCUCAGCGUUCGAAACGAGUGAAGGAGAACACGCCUCCCCGCUGUGCCAUGGUGCACAACAGCCCUGCCUGCAGCACCUCCGUCACGUGCGGCUGGAGCGAUGUGGCCACCAGCACCACGCGGGAGCGGCAGCGACAGACGAUAAUCAUUCCCGACACCCCUAGCCCCGCUGUGAGUGUCAUCACUAUCAGCAGCGACACAGAUGAAGAAGAGGAGCAGAAGCACGCACCCACCAGCACCUUGUCCAAGCAAAGGAAGAAUGUCAUCAGCUGUGUCACCGUGCAUGACUCCCCCUACUCCGAUUCCUCCAGCAACAACAGCCCUUACGCCGUGCAGCAUCGCGCAGGGCAGAAUAACGGGAACACCUACGACACCAAAGGGGUUCCAGAGACUCACUGCAGUGGGAACCCCCGAACGAUCAUCGUGCCACCACUGAAAACCCAGGCCAGUGAGGUGUUGGUAGAGUGCGAUAGCCUGGCACCAGUCACCACCAGUCACCACUCAUCCUCCUACAAGUCCAAGUCCUCCAGCACCGUGACCUCCACCAGCGGUCACUCUUCAGGGAGCUCGUCUGGAGCCGUUGCCUAUAGGCAGCAGCGACCAGGAGCACAUUUCCAGCAGCAGCAGCCUCUUAAUCUAAGUCAGGCCCAGCAGCACAUCACGACCGAUCGCACAGGGAGUCACCGGAGACAGCAAGCCUACAUCACUCCAACAAUAGCUCAGGCCCCGUACUCUUUCCCGCACAACAGUCCCAGCCACGGUACAGUUCAUCCUCACCUGGCCGCGGCUGCCGCUGCUCACCUGCCCACCCAGCCCCACCUCUACACAUACACGGCCCCCGCCGCCCUGGGCUCCACGGGCACCGUCGCGCACUUGGUGGCCUCGCAAGGGUCUGCGCGGCACGCCGUGCAGCACACCACCUACCCUGCCAGCAUCGUCCACCAGGUCCCCGUCAGCAUGGGCCCGCGGGUGCUGCCCUCACCCACCAUCCACCCGAGCCAGUACCAGGCUCAGUUUGCCCAUCAGACCUAUAUCAGUGCUUCUCCAGCCUCCACAGUCUACACUGGAUACCCACUGAGCCCCACCAAGGUCAACCAGUACCCUUACAUCUAAACACUGGAAUAAGGAGCGAGAGACGCGCCCAUCCCCGGGGGAGUGAGGCGGCCGCUUUUGUACUGAAGAACAGGACAAACUAACAAUACAGUGGGAGGCUCGCGCGAAACUUGAACGAAGGAGACUUUGAGGAAGAAGCGAAAAAGAGGAAAGAAGGGGGAGAACCAAUUCUACACUUUUUAUUUAAAAAAAGAAAAAAAAAGAAAAUGGAAAAAAAAGAACAGAAAAAAAAAUAUAAAACAAACCACAAAAACCAACCAUUCUGCACCAAACUAGAGAGAGAGAGAAGCAGAAGGACCCUCCCGCGGGUCCUGUCUUUUGAAGAACUUCACCAACAGACUUUUACAGGUUAUUUUCAUCCAAUAGUGAGCUACAUUUAGAAAUUUGUUGUCCAGAACACCUAAAAUGAAAUCCAUUAGGUUUUUAAUCCAGUAGGUAUAUGGAUUAGGGAUUUAUCCAGCAUUUCAAAGGGUUUAUACCCCAUCUUUGCAGUGCUCUUUGUAUCUCAAGGCAUACAUAAAGUUUGGGGUUUUUUUCCUGGAAAUAGAAAGUGGGUUAGGGAGGCUGAGGGAGGAGAAGAAAAUGUUGUCCCAGUGCUGUAAAUUCGGAUCUAGCACUGCAGCUCUCAAACACACUUGAGCAAAAGAGGCCGUGCAGCACUGGUUGAGAGCAGAAGCAAUGGGGAUGUUUCUCCCUUUCCUUGAACACACUGGAUAAAUCCCUGAGAAAUGCUGUUCUUAAACAGAUCUCUAAUAAUGUAUGUUGGAUUUCAGUUGCGUUUCAUUUUGUUUUAUUUGGAAUUUUUCCUUUUCGGUCCCUAGCCAUUUUAGUAUAGGAGGAGACAUUUUAGCUACCCCCCAUCCCCCCCACCCCGGUAGAAUGUAGCACUAUACAGGUCAUAAGCCCUUUUUACUCUUUUGUGUUGAACUUCAAUGAUACCAAUAGACUAUUCCUCAAUGUGAUUGCACAAAGAAAAGUGAUAUAACAUAGGCAUGUAACAAAUGUGAUUGUCCAGGUAUGUAGUGUGUGUGUGUGCGUGCGUGUGUGUGCGUGCAGAUGCUGCCUUCUCUCUGUGGUGUGUUCCUCGGCACAGCCAUUACAACUGUCACAGUCUUAGUUUUACAUCAUUCCCUCGUAGUGCCUUACCGAACUACAGACGCGGUUUAAGGGUUUACUUCCACUGGUACUCCUAGAAACUGACUGAGGCUAGUCGGAAUUUACUCUCAGCUCUUCUUUGCUUUUUUUAUUUUGGGUUGUUAUUGCUGAUUUUCUUCUUCUGCUGGUGGUGGUGUUGGGUUUUUUUCUCCCAUGUCAUCAAUCUUAGCUCAUUUGGUGAGGUGUUGGGGAGGCUCAUCAGGGUUAGAAGUGCAUAUAGCUGGGUCUUUUGUUGAGCACUGGAUGGGCUGGAAGUGACCGGGUCGGUUAUGAGACCCAGGGUGACUCCCAGAAGGUCUGGGGAUUCGCUUGUGGACUGGUCUGGUUUUAUCCUGUUGAAAUAGCAGGUUUCCUCCCCAGAAAUUGCAUUCUUCUUCUGCCGUUUGCCAACGUUCUCGGCGGAGUUGUCAGGUUGUCCCAGUUGUGUGUCUGAAAUGGGAACAGAACUUUAGCCCGUGAAAGGGGGAAACACUAGUUGUUGCCAACAUCUCUCACUACGUCUGCCGAUGGGAGAGGGUCAGGAAAGGACUGGAGCCCCAAAGCAAACAUGAGAAAAUCCAGCUGAGAGAGUCAAACUCAGGUUUCUUAAGUGAAAAGAAUAUUGUAAUACAUCGGGCCUUACCCACUGUAACGUAGCUGUGACACUGCGUGCUUCCCCUCCUGCUUUCUCGCCUAUUGCCCAACAGAUUGUCUGCAGCAGCAGCAGAGUGAUCCUGGAACCGGAGUGCACGGUAGUCCUGUGGGUCCUCCAUGCUUAGAACGCUAUGUGGUUGUCUUGUUUUCCAACCAUGUCUAAAGAGAGCCUUUCCCACAGUUGGGUUCCAUGCAGAGGGGAGUUUCGCUGGUGCAUCAGUACUUGGAAGUGUCUCUAGAGUACCCAGGCCUGUGGAUGGCCUGGGGAGGAAGGAGAGAAGAGAGUUUGAUAGAACGUUUCUGUGAAGGCUGAAGUCUAUGUGGCUGCUCAGUUCCACUCUACGUUUCCCUGUAACUAGAGCAGGAAGUAUUCAGGUGUUUUCACAAGAUGCUGGAAACCAGCAGGUUCCUCAGCCCAGUGACGAGGGCUGGGUUCCCUGGGUGGCAGUGAGGAAGGAGGCUUUCUCAGGUGGGAAAAGCUGACAGAAAGGCAAGUGUAUUGUCUUGUGGUAAGUGCUUGGCUGGCCUGGAAGAAGAAGGGAUCCCGCUAUGCUUAGGCUGUUCAACAAGGCUGUUGUCUUCUGGCAAACCACCAAAUACCCUCCCUGGUUGCCAGCUCUGGUUCCUGGGCUACCCUUGCACAGUUUUCUUCUCCUGCCUGUCUUUCAUUCUAGCUCAAUAUACUGUAGAUGAGGAUGCGAUCUCCCAGCAGCCUACGCACCUUACCCCCCCUUCCUUUGGAAACACAACACAUCCUCUUUUGUCUGAGGCAGGACAAUAAAGCCCUGCUCACUGUUGCAUUCCUCUCCCGACAGCUUGGGAGCGAGAGCAUCAUGCUGCUUGUGUCAUGAAAAGGAAAGAUGUUAUUUUAUUGUAUGGUUGUUACAAUUAUGAUUAUUAUUUUAUUAUUAUUAUAUUUUACUCUGGGUUUUAAUUGCACACGCAUUCCUUAAUCUUUGUGGUUUAGGUUUUUUCUCUUUCAGUAUUGUUGUUAUUGCUGUUAAUUUUAUUUCUCUUCAUCAGUGGCAUUGGAAGGGUUGCUGUGUUUGUGAAAACUGCAGGGGAAGGGGAAACGACAUUGUCCCAAGGAUGAGAACUCUGCCACUAACUUAGGGGAAAUGGGGUGGUUACAGCCUUGAGGGACAGGAGUUAUCCUUCAGGUCACAUCUGUAUUUUGAGAAUAAGUCCAGAAACUGUCAUUCAUAAGCCAAAACUAAACAGCAGCUAACAUAAUGAUCUGUCAGGAGAGCUGGAUCAAAGGCAAGUAAGAACCUUGGUGCCCUAGGAUCCAGCUCACCGUCAGUUUGUCAAUGGGACGUUUGUAUGAGAUCAAGGCUUAUUUGUGCUCUAGGCCAUGAUCACUGGGCCCUUUCCAUGAACCCAAGGCCAUGCUACGCACAUAAGGGUUUGGUUUUCCCAAAGGAGAAAGCAGAUAGAUGGCUCUCCAGAAACAGGGCUAUCAGAGGAGCCAAGGCAGAGGUGUGAGUGUGGUUCUCAGUCCCAUCACUGGAUAAAGGACACUGGUGCUCAUGUGGAUGGCAUUAGCUGGAUAAAGCAUGGCCACAGACAAGGCAGGGUUCCUCACCUGCUCUUCCACUCUCACUGCAGAAUAUUCAGGUGUCCACGGGGCCAGGAUGCUUAAUUUGCUUUUUGGGGUUUGUUGGGUUGGUUUUUUUUUAUGUAGAUUUUCCUUUCUUUUAUAAUUAUUUGUAGUGGAAUUUUAUGGAGCUAUUCUAGUUGCUAGAGUUUAGGUGUUUAUGUUUUCAUUUGCAUCGCCUGCUCUGUUAGAAUGGGGGGAAGCAGUGACUGAAUUUAAAUUCCAUUAAAAAAUAGGAUAGGACUUCAGCAGAGACUUAAUCAUGCACUUGAGUGCUUUGCGAAAGAACAGACUUAAACCCUUCAAGUUAAUUACUUGUUUAUGCGCUCCUCUGGCCUAGGACCGAUGAAGCAUGGAAGGUUGCAAUCUCAAUCGCAGUAAUGUUUUACUUGUAUUAAUUGCAUUUUCCCUGCAUACCCAUCUGACCUGCUCUCCCAUGGGGGGCUCAAAUCUGAUUUUGGGGGGGAGUUGACAGUAAAGCUGUUAAAACAGCACAGGCUGGCAGUGAGAAGGGGCACGGUGCGUGUUAGAGGAACCCUCUUUCCCAUUGGGAGGAGCCCAAUUUCCCAUCCUGGAGCUGUUGAUCUUUCAGCUGUAGGUGGUCAGAUGAUGAUGAUGGGCCACAGUGAUUGCGAGGGGUGCACAGCACAGCCACUAAAUCGUUUUGAUGGUGCUACACGGCAUGAGAGCUGUGUUUUCUGGUGGGUAUGGGGGAGCUGAGCAACACCUCCUCCCUCACACCUGCCUGAAGGCGUAGCGUGGAAAAGGUGGUAUGGUUAGUCAUGGGGGAAACAUUUUCAGGUCAACAGCAAUCAAAAGCUUUGCGUGCUGCUGGUGCCACCUACAUAAUAACAGCCAGCUUGUUGUGCUUGAAAUGAGAUUGGCAUGGUUGGGUUGGUGUUCUUUGUGUGCAUGGGGUAAACAGCAUGGGAACUUGAGAGUGGAGGCGAGUGUUUAGAUACUGGAAGUUUUAUGGGCAGCUGAGGGCUGGCACAGUGAAAAGGCAGUCCCUUUCCCCAUCAACUUGUCUUGCUUCCCAUUCUUAUGCGGGAGGCAGAAUGAAGUGGGGGCAUUACCUCUCCACAGAGGUGGAUGUUCAAAGUCCUGCUGUGAAACCAGACUGCGGGAGAGAGGGGAGAGAAUCACUAACAUGAGCAGAAUGGAAAACCCAAAGGGAAGCACUUUUCACUACAGACUGGGCCAAAUCCAGUCAUUUGAGACAGCACAUGCAAUUGCAUCUUCCUCAGCAGAGUUGUACCUGCUUGCACCCAACAAAUAGGGCCUUGACAGGUUUUUUUUUCUCUCUUUCUCUCUCACUUUCUCUAGUAGUUUUGUUGUAAUACAUAAAACAUUCCAGGAAAGGGAUGCUUCUGUCUGUGACAUUUUUCCUUGUUUAUACUCUGAAGGGAUUAUGUCUUGUAGUUUGGUUUGAAGGCAAUUCCAUUAGCAAACUUAAAGGGCAAUAAACCUGUUUUUUUCUUUAACCAAAGAUACUUUUUGAGAGAGAGAGAGAAAGAGACCCACACACACUCCAGAAAUGAAAUGAAAAUCAUGACCACCAGGCAAUGGGGAUACACUGUGGAACUCCAUCUUUCCUUUCUCUUCUUUUUCUUUCUCAAGUUUCUGUCAUCAUUUCGAGUAGCUAGCUUGACAAGCAGAGAAAUUCACACUAAAUAUUGCUGCUAUCCUAAAAUUUAGGGGGAUGUUGAAAACUUUAUUCUUCUCAUUAUUGUUCACAUUAAUUAAAGUGUUUCAGUGGCAACAAUGCAGUGUGGAAAUGGUGAGCUGCGUAGUGGGGAUAAGCUUCUGGAUGCUCUGCAUGCUUCUGUAGUGUCUCCUUUGCUGGAUUUGGGAUGCUGGUUUUGUUCCGUGGGUCGGACCCAAACAGUGCUGCCAUGGUCAGGCCAGGCACAGCUGGGCAAGGAUGUUGGACUUGGGUGUGUGUUCUUCCAUGGCUUGGCAAUCAGCCCAUCAGAGGUCUGCAGUGCUACUCGUGGACCAAGUCCUGGAUACCUGUACACAAGGUCUGCAGAAGUAAUCUUUGUUGAGGAUAGGCAACGCAGAAGGGAAAGAUGUGGAAUGACUUCCCCCUUCCUGCUGACAGCUGUCCCUGCUGUGGUCUCAUUUGCUGUGGGAGCUUCAAAGCAGUUCAUCUGUGGUCCUGGGCACUCAUCCAUGUCACCCGCCCCAUCCCCGCAUCUUGCCGGCGCUCCUGUGAGGAGGGCCUAUGUCCAAAGCAUGUAGAGUCCCCGGCUUACUUCUUGUGGCCAGCUUCUGUGCCUACAAAUCACUCUGCUUCCUCUGUACUUGGGGAGGAAAAGCUGGGUCUGCGCUGCUGGGGUUCUCCCACUGCUGUACUCCAGCAAAGCUGCCUCUCACGGCAGUGAGAGUUUCACCCUGUGCUGCAGAUACAGAGCAAGGUACGCUGUUGUACAGCAGUGCUCAAAGCCAUGCUGGCAGUCCUGUUGUAAAUGGCUGUGUGCAGGCUCCUUGCUGGAGUAAUGCAUUGGACAGAAGGCACUGGGCUCUCUGGGCUGGUCCCCAUCCCCAUGGUCCCUCCUUCCCUCCACCCGGGAACACCACUACCUGCAAGAGACACCGUGAUGCCACCGCGCUCACCAGCCACUGCAGGCACGCAGUCAGACCCACCACAGGGGCAGCCCUUUGAAGGAAGCGCUGGCAGCGUGCAGAGGAGCACUGCUAACCCAGGGCUCCAUGCUGAAAGUGUCUGUUUCCCCCCGUGACAAGCAGAGUUGCUGGGACUGACCCAGGAGUGGUAGUUACCUGUGAGGAGCUGCUGAUGCAGGUGGAGGUGUGAGAACCGGACUGGAGGUGACCUGCGCUGCGCUCUGUGCAUGUCAAAUGUUUUCAGUUGGAGGACAUGGUUUAUAGCAUUUGUAUGUGUCAAGAGUGAAAUUCGAAUGGCAGAUUGGCUUGGUUCUUCAGAAGUCUUACGAAGCAUACUAGGAGGCUUUGCGUUCGGCAUUUAUGGUUUGAAACUCCUGUUUCUCAUUUACGGGUUAGCUUUGUCCUUCCAGUUUUAGCAGUGCUGCUAUAACAGACUAUUCAUGUGUGUUUGAAGAUAAAGUUUUUGUUUUUAAUCUUUUGCUUAUCAUAGUUAAGCUAAGAAAGGCAAUACUAAAGGUAUAUUUUUUUCCAAAAAUGAUAUUUUUUACUGCACUGAUAAAUAUUGUGACAUCUCUGUUCUUAACUCUUUCGCUGUGAGGGGAACUGUGUGCAGAUUCACACAAACCUUGUAAAUACUUGCGUGUACUUCUGACAGCCAGGGAUUACUUUUUUCCCCUUCCUCUCCUUUCUUUCUUUUCUUUCCUUUCCCUCUUUUCCUUUCUUUCUUUUCUUUCUUUUCUUUCCUUUCUUAACUUUUUGUCUUUCUUUCUCUUCUUUCUCUUCUUCCUCUUCUUCUUUCUCUGUUUUGAAACAAGGUUUCCUCUUUGAAACAGAAAGCAAUGGGGCAACAAUGCUCAGAGCAAAAGCAAAGCUUAUCCCACUUUCAGAACAUAGCCAAGGAGUUUUUGCAGUGCUGGCAUAGAGUUAAUAUUUAAUGCCAACGUGUUUUGAUUUUAUUAUUGCUUUUUCAGCAAACUGUUUGGAAAGGAAUAAGACAGAUAGAAAAGCUUCGGUCUGGGAUUCUGAUCAGAAAUGAUACCCAUCUAUUUUAUGGCACCUCUGGUUUUCCUUUUGUUUCCUUUUCCUUUAAAAAGAAAUUAAAACUGGCUUGUUGCAGGCUUGCUGGCCUGAGCUCUAGGCUGGUCGGCAGCUGUCCUGGGGUUGCCUGGUGCUCCGGGACUGCCGGCUCCUUUGGAAGCAAACCCACUGAUCAGGAUUCUGGAUUCUGAUUGCUCCAAAAGGUAUCCCGCAGCACUGCGGGAUACCUUCGGUUUUUUAAAGAGAAGGAUUUAGAUACACUUAUAUUACGCAAACUGUGACCUAAUGGCAAUAAUUACCUCAAAUGUGGGCAUUCAUCCUGGUUUUAGCCUUUUUGAAAACAUGUAGCCAGCUUGAACUUUGAUUCAAAGACUCUGAACUCCGUAGGGGCGGAAUAGCGAUAAAUGCCCACCCUGGUCAUUGUUGCUUGAGUGAAUUCUGAAGACAGUGAAUCUUUAAAAAGAAAAGAAAAAAAAAAAGAAAUUAAACCAAGGAAUAGAUUACUCUUUUAUGUAUUUUAAUCAAUUGUGAUGUUAAAAUGCACAUGUAAGUAUAUAUGUUUAUAGCUACUGUAAAAUGCUUUGGCCUUCUAGAAGAUAUUUAAUGAGUCACAUUUUAAACCAAUAUGAACUGAAUAAUAGACUGUGGCUACUUAAACAGUUUUCUGGCUACAUUUUAUAGUUAUUACAGUGUUUUAUAGUUUACAUUUAAACUGGUACUUUUUAAGGGAAAUCUUGUGUUUGUAAGUGACACCUUCAAAAACUCAAUACAGCUGCCUCUUUUUAAUUUCGCCCGUUAAAAAUGAAAAAGUACAAGUGUGUCUUUAAUAUGUAUAUUCUGUUCUGAGAUAUAACAUAGUGUUGGAAAGCCAGUCCAGAGAUCAAACAUAAUCCACUGUAUUUCCAAAGUCUGGUCAAAAAAACACUCCACCCACUUUGAAGAUUUAGUCCAACAGAUAAGCUACUUGUUUGUUCACUUCUUUUAAUAGCAUGGUUUAUCGGGCUCCUUGGGUUGAAGCAGGGAGCACGAUGCUAAAUUCACUGUUCUAUGUAGGAUCCUCAUCUGGAUGAAGAUACCCACAUCAGGAGAAUGAAGGAUAUUCAAAGGAAGGAUUAUGUUGUACUGUUGAGAAAUCAUUAGCCAAACAAUUAAUUCCUGAGUUAGUGAAUGCCUGUUUUUAUUUGGGGGGGUAGGGGUGUUGUGUGUGCGUGUGUGUCUGUGUGCGUGUGUGUGACAGCCACUCAGAGGCAAUGCUGUAAUUUGGCUUUCAUGUGUUCACCACUUUCUUACAAGCAAUGCUUACCACCACAGAAAUGUUUUGAACCAGUAAACGAAAUACAAAGUUCACUGACCAUCUCCUUGUCAACUCUGUUUUCUCAGCCCAUGGCAGUUCCCGUCAGUGCUGUUUCCCUGCUGCUGUUACCGUGUACUUUGCAUUUUGAUAUAUCACAUUCCCCCCUCCUCAGUCUCACUUAGCUGUCUAGUUUUGUCUGUUGUGUUCUUUCACUUGGGUAAUCAAUGAACAUGGUAUAAGUGUCUGCUGGGCAAAAUGGUACUCUGAGGUCAUGGAAGUACAGGAAUUGGCAUUCAAAAUACGUAUAUGUACGUCUGAAGAACCGAGCUUCAGUCAUGGAGCUCAGGUACUCUCGGGAGGGCUCCUUAUGUGUUUCCAUCAUGCCUGACGGGGCUGUAUCAGCCAGCCUAGAGCAGAGGUAGUGAAAAGGGGCGAUGGGCGAUGCUUUGCAGUUGGGUGCCUGUGCUGCUCCCAGUACAAUCAGGGGCGGCGGGGCCGGGGGAGUGCAGCCUGCCUCCUCCUCUCAGCACCAUUCCGGGGCUGCCGUGCCCACCUCGUCACCCCCAUUACCAAAGCGAUAACGUAUCAUACGGCAAGCCAGGACUGUCAGCAGGACUCGGGCCAGCUGGAAAAUGUCCACCCUUUCUCACUGUGCACUGCCACCCAACCCACAGGCUCUGCUGCCCCCAGCGCCUGCCUGGCCUUCUGUUCUCAUGGGGGGCGUCAGACCCACAGAUACCAGCACACUCACAUGAAGGAGCCAUAGAGCCUUGUUGAAUACCUUGGCUUGCAGUUCGUUAGGCAAGAAGGGGUUUCUGACACUGGCAACGCACAUCCCGUAGGAUCUGGAUGGUUACAUAUAGCACCUCUGCCCUCAGCAAGGAAAUAAAGCGCUUCUGCAAUGCUUCCACCUCACGUGGUUACGUACAACACUUCUGGCUUUUCUCCCCCCUCCAACCCUUUUGUGUUUGAUUUUUUAAUUUUCUUUUAUUUGUUUUUUUGCUCUGUAUUCUUCUCAAAAUGAAACUUCCACAGAUAUUCCAGGGCACAACUAUUUCAGGUGUAAAAAAGGAUCUCCUCAUCCCAUGUUUCACCAACAGAGCAAUCGAGGCAUUUUGGGUACCAGAUUCUACUUGGGCAGAACCAGAAUGUAGCCUGUAUCUUUCAUACCAAAUCAAAUUUCUGAAAGGAGAGGAAGUGUCAUUAAUAGCUUUAUUAAAGGAGUGUGUGUGAGAGAGAGAGGGAGUAAGAGAGGGAGCAAGAAAGAGAGAAGAAAGAGGGGUAUCUCGGAAGGUGGAGAGUCUAGACUUUGGGUAGAUAAAACGAACCAACGGGUGAAACAUUUUUCUUGUGAGCUGUAAAAUCCUUUUAAAGCCAGGAGGGGGGAAGCGGAGGGAAUGUUUUAUGCCUUUUGACUGCCCACAAGCCCAGCGUACUCUGGAUGGAAAGUGGAAGUUAAUCUACACUGCACCAAAAUUACUAAGGGGAAGUUGGGGGAGGGCUGUGAAAAGCUGCCACAAUCACAAGGGAGAAGAUGCCCCUGCCCCAGCUCUGGACCUCAAGCGGGUCUUUCUCUACAGCAUCAUCUCAGCCCAGUAACCCCACGAAAGCCCUGAGCCGUUGUGUUCCUUCACUGUACGGUUUCUGUAAUAAGAGUGUUAAUCCAUGUUAAUCUUUGUGAAAAUUAUUGUGUGCAACAGUAUUUUCUUGUGUACUGCUUUUUUCCUAUGUGAAUUGUCCCUUUCUCUUUUCCUUUUGGUUUUGUUUUGGGUUUUUUUCCUUCCUUUUUUCCUUUUUUUUUUUUCUUUUGGUAAUACGUCUUUCUUCUUUUGAAAGAAAAAAACAAAAACAAACUGAUGUGUUGUAGACCUAUAUGUAACCUAUUCCUUAGUCUCAUAUUAUAGGUAUGUUAUAAGAAUGGAUAUUUUACUUGGCUUUAGAAUGUUUUACAAGAAAACUAAUUCUUAACCAAUCAAGUUCUUGCUACUAAAAAAAAAAAAAUGCUUGUGUUUUUCAUCAUGACGUUGUGUGCUUCUAAUUAAUAAUCAUUUUCGUUGUAGAAAAAUGGAGUGAAUUUAUAUUAGUCUUGGAAACUAAUAAUAGCAUUGUAAAUUUAUGAGAUGAUUUUAACAGAAAAUACAUUAUAGAAGAAUAUAGUUAUUUUAAUUGUAAUAUUACUAACUGUAGGGUGAGAAAGGAGGUCCCGUUGUGGUGAACUAUGUUAUAGCUUGUUAUUCACGGUUUCUUUUUGAUCAUUUUUUCGGUCUCUGAGGUGAAACGAGUUAUUAAUCAGAAUUUGUCAACUCACAUAUGCAUAUUGUAUAUGUGUAGAAAUGUAAUCACACUUUGUCUUGGAAUUACAUUAAACUGUUUUAAGUCACUGCAAA